AUGCUAGUUGACUGCCUGUCUGUCUUAGAGGAGUUUGUGAAGAGGGGCAACUGGGGAGUUCCUCUGGUUGCUGAAGGCCCUGGGGAGUUGGCAGCUGGAGGAGAGAUUGGUAACGGAAUUGGGGAGGCUUUAGGCCAUGGAGUUGGAGAGGCUGUCAAACAUGGACUUUCAGAGGCCGCUAACCAUGGAGCUAAGGAAGCUGUUGGCCAUGGGGUUGGAGAGGCUGUCAAACACGGACUUUCAGAGGCCACCAACCAUGGAGCUAAGGAAGCUGUUGGCCAUGGGGUUGGAGAGGCUGUCAAACACGGACUUGCAGAGUCCGCUAACCAUGGAGCUAGGGAGGUUGUUGGCCCUGGGGUUGGGCAGUCACUUGGUCAUGGGUUGCAGGAUGUAGGUAAUGCCGUCAGUCAUGCUGGGAGCUCUGUGGGCAACGAUAUCAGUAAGGCUGGCGAGGCUAUCGGUCAUGGAAUGAAUUCUGCCCAUCGUCCAUGGCUGGGAAUCCCUCAUGGGGCCAGUAAUACUAAUGCACAUGGUGGCCAGCUUUUAUCUGGAGGUCAUGGAAUCGCUGGAACCCACGGCUCUCAUACUGGUCAUGGGCUCUUGGGGGGUCAUGGAAGCACAAGCAGCAGUGGAACCAGCUCUCAGAAUGGUCAUGGGCUCUUGGGAAGUCAUGGAGGCCAGGGAAGCCACGUUGGAGGCCACUCUCAAGGAAGUGAGGGCAGCUUAUCCAGCCAGGGGACCAAUUCUCAGGGGAGUAAUUCAGGCAAUGGGAAGCUGGCAGAGAGAAGCAGCAACCAGGAAUCAGGGUGUACCAACCCCCAGUCCUCUGGAUCAUCCAGUGAAAAUGCCUCCGGGAGAGGCUUAGACUCACCCUCAGCAUCCCCUACUCAGACCUCCUAUGCAAACUUUCCAAAGGAAACAAACUCAGAAGCAGCCAGUGGGGGGAGUAGCAACAACCAGGGAUCUACAUCAUCAUCUUCUGGCAGUGGUGGAAGUAGUGGAGGGAGUGGCACUCAAGGGUGUGAGAAUACAGACACUGGAAGUCAGGGAAGCAACUCUCAGCACGGUGGCCAGUCUGGACACAGCUCUAACAGUGGGUCUUUCACCCGGGAAACAUUCAAUCAGGGGAAUCAGCCCUUUGGAGGCUCCAAUAACCAGGGAUCUAGCUCAGUAGGACAGAGUGGAAGUUAUGGGAACAAUUUUGGAUCUGGGUCUAACACGGCUGGAGGAGAAAUAGGAGAAACUCAAAUCAAUGGUGAAAAUAGUGUCUAUAACUCUCCCAAUGCUCAAGGCUUCUUCAACUUUGAUACUUUCUGGAAGAACUUUAAAUCCAAGCUGGGUUUUAUUAACUGGGACGCCAUAAACAAGGACCAGAGGAGCUUUCGCAUCCCGUGAUUUCCAGACGAGGAGUUGCCAGAUGGAUGGGACCCUCAGGCCCCUCUCCCAAAUCCCCUAAAAUGAGAACAUCACCUUCUCCUUUAAAUAAACCGC